AUGGUUAAAGAAUUAAAUAAUAAACAAAUUACCAUUUGUGCGGUCAUUACUGAUAAAUCAGUGGAAUUUAAGACUACAAUUGAUAAAGGCAUUCGUCUUGCAACAUAUUUUCAAAAUUCAAACAAUAAAUUCUUUAUUGCAAACUUAAAAGAACUUCAGUAUGAAACUUAUCAAAAAUAUAUUAUGCCAAUUGUUCCUGCGGAAACAAGAUGGAAUAGUAUUUAUAUGAUGUAUACAAGUCUUUUAAAUACUCAAAAAGUAUUGCAAAUACUGGCUAUUAAAUUUGAACCACCAAUUGUUGAACCUUGA